UAUAAAUCUAACUAGCAUACAAUACCGCCAUAGUAGAACAUGGUAAAUCAAAGGGCCACAAAUUAAUUAUAAUUACCAUAUAAUACCACAUGGUAUGAGAAGGUAAAACCAUGUAAAUCUAAUUACAACCCUCUACGACCAUAGUAAAAACAUGAUAUUCAUAAAAAUACAUUUCGUUACCAUACAUUACCAUAUGGUAUGGACACAUUACCAUAUGGUAUGGACACAUUACCAUAUGGUAUACACACAUUAUCAUAUGGUAUAGUGUGGUAAUAUCA